AUGCAACCUCAGCCGCAUCGGCUGUUGAGAGUCUACUUUGAUAUUUUACUUGUAUAGAGUUUCAGUACACUGCUGUUGGUUUCAUAGAUUGGAGUUAUGAUCUCUGUUACAUUAAACAGACUGGAUAAGAGUCCUAGAACAUCAAAAAGUUCAGACAAGUGAAAGGUUACCAUCGAGUCAAAACUAAUAAAGUUAAAGUUAUAGCAAAAAAAAAUUGGAUAUAUUAUUGUUUUGCAAAACUUUCUGAUCAUUCUGACUGUUGACUUGAAAAGGCAGACUGACAAGAACAUGGAUUCUGCUCUCAGUUUUUAUACAUUUGCCUGCUUUUCGUAUGUUUCUUCGUUGGAAACCCCAUUGGUGACAUAUUCAACUCCAUGCCCACAAGAUCUGAAUGGCUGCAUGACACAAAAUAUAUCUGUUCUGGACUUCAGUGGCCCCAGACUUGGAAGAAACUAUCAGGACUGCCUGAAGAACUACAACCAAUUACAGGUGCUACUUCUGAAUAGUACUAACUUAGAGACUGUAGAAGAUAUAGCAUUUUCAAAUAUUUCCAGUCUUCGACAGCUUUACCUUCAUGACAACAGAUUAGUCGCGUUUCCUUCUAAACCAAUGGCACCACUCACUUUACUCCAAGUUCUAUUUAUCAGCAACAAUUUCAUCAAGGAAAUUAAAUCAGGUGCAUUUGAGCAUUUGCAGGAGCUCAGGGAACUAUACUUGGGACCCCAAGCACAGUUUCAGGAUUUUCAGUAUCAAGCAUUAAUCCCUCUGAGAAAAAUUAAGGUGCUGAUUCUCAGAGGCCUCAACCUCACAUUUGUACCAGUUAUUAAUCAAAUGCAAUUGCUUCAGGAACUGGACUUAUCCAAUAAUAAAAUUGAUCGGAUAUUAACGCAGUACUUUUAUAAACUGACCAAACUACAGACGCUGCGAUUGUCAGGUUCAGGAAUUACAUUUAUAAGCAAAUCAGCCUUCAACUCUCAAAACAAUAUGAGAUUAUUGGAUUUGUCCAGGAAUAAACUAGUCGCCUUUUCUAGAGAGAUACUAAACCCCAUCAUUCGAUCAGUAGGUGGUGCUGUGGACAUCAAACUGACUCAAAACCAAUUUCACUGUGAUGCGAGGAUGUGCUCCAUGAAGAAGUGGUUGGAUUCUGUAAAGGUACAGCUCGAUAUGUUGUGUAACAGUCCUGACAGCUUCAAAGGGCUCUGGAUGAGCCAGUUGCCACUUUCUCUUUUUAACUGCUCGAACGAGCCUAAUUUUGCAUUUUUACCAAAAGCAUCUCACGCCAUCAAAACUAGUCUUGUUCGUUCAUUUCUAGGAAAAGGGAUCACUGCUAUUGUACUUGUUGCUGCAGCUGUACUCUUCACUCUCUUCCUCGGCCUAAUAUACUUAUCACCAGUGAAGUCAGUUGAGUCAUUAAAACACUGUGGCUGCAACAGAGUGGAAUCUACUCCACAAGAAAAUGAUGAGCAAGAUACGUGCAGUUCUUUUAUUUAAUUAAAAUAGAUGUCAUAUUUUCAAAAUUUUCAUCAACAAAAACAAUGGUCAAUAGAAGAAACUCUGACCUACUACUGUAAAAUAAGACAAAUUAUCCUAUAUAGCCUUUUUGUUUCUUGCUCUGCAUAACACCCUGCAUUCAAUAUUGUAAAUGCAGUUUUGGAAACAAAUGUUGGUAUAAAAAUGCAAUCUUUCCCAAUCACAGGAUGUCUGAAGCACUUUGUUAACAAUUUAUUGUGCAAUGAACGGAACAACAUGAGGUCAGUUUUAAAGUGGAAAGUAAAUUGUAAUAUUUUACCAGGUAGCUGGUCAGAGUCAAUAAUUUGUUUUGAAGCACAGCCUUCUCAGCUGUUUCCUGCUCAUUGCUACAUAAGUAGACAACUUUUCUCAUUGCUUUCUGUAUACCUAAAGCAAGGUAUAAUGUUUCAUCAAUUGUAGAAACUAAGUUUUGGUACAAUGCUCUUUUUUACACUUAUUUGUAAGUACCUUAUCUUAGAAACUUUGUGCAUCUGGUUUGUGAUUACGUGAUGCUAGUUCUCCAAGUGACAGAGAAAGAGAAGUAUUCUCAAGAAACUCAAAAAUGAUAUGUUACCAUCAAUUUUGGGGACUCUUCAGAUUUAUGCAAAGUGUACACUUACAAGUUUUGCAAAAGGACUUAAAUUCUGGAAUUGUUGAAUAGUGUCUGCAGUGGUGGACAAAUGCUUCCCUUGUACAGUAACUCUUUCCUGGGGAGUUUUGCAGGAUAUGGAGAUGCAUGGCAGAGGUAAUUUUCAGCAUUGGCUUGUCUCUAGACCAUGGUGUAGAUAAUGAUGGUCAUGCCUUGAAGCCCAAGGUCAACCCUGGGUCUAGGCCUCAGCCUCUUUUUAAACUACCUUCCUUCUUUCUUCUGUAUAUAAGCAUGUUAAUACUGGACCCUGGGAAGGACUCACAGCUGUAGGCUUCAAUUUCACCAUCUGGCACUGCAGGAACACCAAAGACUGGGCCAAUAUUUUUAAAAAUCCAAACUGAAAAAUAAAAUGGCAACAGAACUGGAGUCAACGUAAUGCCCAUCUGUUCUAACACAGGAUUAGCGGGAGGGGGAAAAUGACUAAUCUAACCAGAGCCUUAAGUAGUUCACCUGUGCUCUGUGUUUCACUUAUAUUAGCAGUUAACAUGUGAAUGGGAAGAAUACUGGCUGUAAAAGAUCUGCCUUGUGCACUGACUGUUUUAUGGUUCUAUCUCCCUUUUUGAUCAGAACAACAUUUGAAAAAUUUUAAGCUUAAAAAAUGUUGAGGUCUAUAAAAACACACCUGCUGAAAAUCAGUGUGGCUUUUAGCCUCUGACAAAGCAGGAAAUUUAUUUAAAGAAUGUGCUGAACUGUAAAGGCAGCUAAAUCAGGCACAAGCUCGUAAAAAACAUUCAGCUUUGUUACGAGAUUGGGCAAACCAUUUUAUUUCAAUUCCAUUAUUGUGGAGUUUUAAAAUUCUAUAUGCAGAAGUGCUUUCACACCUGCUGUGGUUCAUAAAAUCCCUGCACUAUGGAAAUAGGCCAUUCAGCUCAACAAGUCCACCCCUCCAAAGAGCAUCCCACCUAAACUCAUUCCCCUACUCCUACAUUUCCCCAUAUCUAACCCAAACAUCCCUGGACAUUACGGGUAAUCCACGUAGCCUGCACAUCUUUGGACUGUGGGAGGAAACUGAAGGAAACCCCACGCAGACACGGGGAGAAUGUGCAAACUCUACACAGACAGUCGCCCGAGGGUGGAAUCGAACCCUGGUCCCUGGCACUGUGAGGCAGCAGUGCUACCCACUGAGCCACCAUGCCACUCUAUCUGUCAGAUCUAUCUGUCCAAUUUGUAACACAUUCCAUGUGUCCUUUCUGUCAAAGAUGAAUAGGUUUUUAUAUACCUGCAUGUUUUCAACUCCACUUUGCUACCAUCUCAGAGUGUGGUGCUUAGGUUUGGUAAACUGAAGCUUCCGGAUUCAACGAGUACAUGAAAAAAAAAUUUGUUUCUCUGUUGCUUCAGGAAGUUUUCUCAAUGAGGAGCUCAAUGUCACAGAACAUGGACAUCCCCUUUCCUGGUCAGGUUCCCUCUUUCUUCACAUCCUUCAUGGGUCUCAGCAGUCCUUCAAUUGUUUAUUCAGCUGCCAAGAGUUCUGCCAUUUCCUUCCCAAAACAUUUCCAUAUCUCUAAUUCUUUCCUUCAGUAAGAGACAUUCAUUAAAUCAAGACUUUUUCACCUGUCCUUA